AUGGCUGCCUUCAUUACGUCUUUUACGUCAUGGUGAAGGAAAACUGGAGAAGUAUGUCACCAGUGUCACCUGCUUAAAAUAAGAUACCCUACAAGUUAUACUCUGCAAUUUCAUCUGAUCACGUGGCCUGAAUGCUGAAACUGUUGUUUCCCAAAAUGUCGUCUCUUGCUGCACGUACCGGCUAUGCGUUUCUUCCCAUGUAGAAAUUCUUCACAACAGUAAAACAUGGUGAAAUCUGAACUUCUCCAUUGCAGUCCAAUGAGAUGUGCAGUGCGAUUUGAUGCAUUGCAGGCUUGCAACCUGUACCGUUUGUGGCUUUUGUCACAUGCAGAAGCAUUUCCAAACAAUUUAAAUAGAAUUAACAGCCUCUUGAGGUCUGAUCCUCUUUGUUGCAGUCCAAUUAGUGCAUGAAUUUUUGUGCAGCCAGGUAGUGAACGGUGUGGUGAGCUGUAGCAUGCAGACUGGUGCUGGUGUCGUUCGUUCAUUUAACCAUGGACCGUUCAGUCGUUCGUUUAUCGUAAGAAAUCUGUCACUUGUCGUAGAUUUCCAUGGUCAGUUUUAUGUUUGAGCUGUUUGUGUUUGAGCUGUUUAUGGUUUUGCUGUAUGGGGUACAGUGGUUUUGCAGUCCUUUUCCAGUUGAGAGAUGCGCUGAAAUGGAGCUAGUGCAGACUAGCAAUUGAACAUCAUACUUAAAUGUGUCAUUUGCCUAUGUUGGUGUCCAUGCAGUAUAUGCAGUGUUGUGCAAAAUAGACGAUGUUGCCUGAUGGCUGUCGGGCUUAUUUUAUCGGCAGCAUUUUGUCGAUGUGUCGUGUCUUGCAACCUGUAUCGCCGUUGAGUUGAUUCGUUUGCCGCCGUUCCUUAGACUUAAUCCACCGGUGAAACUAAGAAGACGUUGCUGAAAUUCAAGAUUGAUCAAUAAAUUAUGUAGAUAAAUUGCAAGUGCAUAAUCUGGGCUCCCUUCUUCAGUGGCCCCGUUUCCCUAAAUAACCACUAACCAACGCCCGCCGGUGGUCACUCACUCGCUGCGACAACCAGGAGGAAGGGAGAUGUUUGGUCGAACGGGGACUUGCAAGGCGCAUGAUUCGAUGAAAUCUGUUGGAGGGUCAUGAUUCUAAGCCGGAAGCCUACUAUGAUGCAUUGCUCUCUUAAAAACUGUUCCUCGGCUCUCUUCGCUCUUUUUCCGGUUUCUCUCCGACCCGGCAACAACUCCAUUCUUCGGACAUUCUUCGUCGUAAUAUCAGUUCGCAAUCAUGGUUAAUUAUGGCGUUGUGUUGCUGCCGGGCGUUGUAUCGUCGAUGUCGACUACGAGAGAAUUUUGUAUAAAAGGAAAGAGAAAGACAACAGAAGUCAAUCAAGUGAGCAUCUCCGACCCGUCAAGAACUGCAUUCUUCGUCGAAUUAAUAGGUCGCAGUCACAAUCACGGCUAUUGGUUGUUUCGUCGAUUUCUGGGUCGACCACUGGUGUGCUGAUGCCCCUGGUUAUGGUGGAUACCAAACCGCAACGCCGCCGCCUUACUACGCAACAACAUACGCAACGACCAGUUACUACACCGAGGUUGCACAGAUAGGUUUACAGUUACACUACCAAGGGUCCAGGUACACCACAACUUAUGCUGCUCCGAGCUACUACACCGAAGACCAGAAGUUUUAUUCUUCCCCGGGCUACACUACCAAAUCGUAUGUGCACACCUCCGAGGCUCCUAAAUACUACACCACCAAGGCACCUGAGUCUACACAACUACCUAUACUGUCCCAAGUACUACACCAAGGUUCCAAAGUACUACAGCACUAAGGCACCGGACUACUACACGACUAUAUAUGCUGCCCCAACCUGCGACACCGAGGCUCCAGCUUAUUACCUCACCAAAGCGGUCGAACACAGUGGCGCCCAAGUACGAUGGAAAUCAGUCCAGUGUGCAUCUCCGCCGCCCAACACGGCAGCCCCGAAGUUUCGAAUAAACUUCGUUUAAAAUAGUGGAACGGCAAAGAGCGAGGUCUCUUUAUCGAACAAUUCGAUUUCUAUUGCAAUCUAGUUAAAUUGAACGGUAAAGAUGGCGGCGGCGUUGCAGUCGUACGUUGACACUGCGUCGUUAAACUUGACAUUGUCGGUCAGAAAGCCGAAUUUCAUGAUGACCGUACCAGGGUCGUACCAUCACCUACGACAAGUGCCUAUUACCACAGGUGGUAAACGAAAAUCUUUGCCUAUCCUUGAGCGGUGCCCCUAAAGAUGUCCGCGAGCAAGUGACGCUGUUCCGCAACAUCGAUGGCCCAGUCCUCCCUAACUAUUUGAGCCAAUGGACUUUCGAGAAGGUCAAAGCGACAUUGACCUUUAACGAUGGUCAAAAGAAAGUCUGACCAUAUUGUCGCUGCUGUCGGUUUGAACGCAAACACGGAUUUGGAUGUCGCUUCUGAUUUGGAAAUAGAUUCAAAUUUUGGUGGUUAUCGAGUCAAUGCUGAGCUUGAAGCACGACCACACGGCACACGCCCGGUUGGAUGGAGAUGCUGCCUUCUUUUGUGAUAGCAAAUUGGGUCGUCAUCGCAUGAAACAUCACCACCAUGCUGUUGUAUCGGGGCAAUUGGCUGGAGAGAAGAAUACUGGCAUUGAAACCUGGAUGAACAAUUGGAGUGCAAUCGGGUUGGGUCGAUCACUGGUGUACCCAUGUCUCCUGGGUAUGGCGGAUACCAAAGCACCACGCCGCUGCCUUGCUACACAACGACAACAUUCGCACCAACCGGUUACUACACUGAGGGCCACAAUUACUAAACCACCAAGGCUCCAGAGUAUUACACCGCAGUUAAUGCUGCCCCGAGCUAAAUCACCAAAGAUCCCGAGUACUACACCGAGGCUCCCAAGUAUUACUCAGUUCCUAGCUACUACACCGGGGCUCCAACUAAUUACACCACCAAAGCGGCUGAACACUACACCGAGCCGCCCAAGUACUACACCACCAAGGCUCCAGAGUAUUACACCACAACUUAUGCUUCCCCGAGCCACUAUACCGAAGCCCCGAAGUAUUACUCUGCCCCAAGCUACACAACUACAACUGAGGCGGCCAAGUAUUACGCAGCCCCAACUUACUACACAGCUCCUUCGUACUACGUUGAACCGGAAUACUACACCGAGGCUCCAGUUUACUACACCACAACCCACGCUAUACCUAGCUACUACACCAAGGCCCCUAAGUACUACGCUACCAAGGCACCUGAGUAUUAUACCACUACUUACGCUGCUCCGACCAGCUACACCGAAGCUCCGAACUAUUGACUCUAUCCCGAGUUACUACACCACUAAGGCACCUGAAUAUUACACCACACCCUACGCUUCCCCAACUUACUACAAGGACGUUUCUUAAUACUAGAGUCGAAUUUUAAUCAUGUUCAGAUAUGUCGGUCAUAUCUUAAUAGUUACUAGUCACUGGGAAUUGUUGAUCUUUAAUGACAAAAUAAUUUUUUAAAACCUGGGUAAUCAUUUUGUACGACUUCUCUUGCCACCUAAAAGCCUUUGACAUUGCGACGUUUUCUGAUUUUUAUUGGAUAUUUUCUAUUUCGCAUGUUGGAGGUGACCUAUUGCUCUAGUCAUCUUUUCAUUCCGACAUGUUCUAGUGUUUGGACAAACUUAAUUUAAAGGGCAAGUUACGAAAGAGACAUACUGUGGUGUUUACUAAAAAUUUUUGAUGUUAACAGCUCUGUUUUUAACUUUAGUUGGCGUAACAUAUGAGUUGCAGAUAGUGUAUGGUUUUUCACACAAGUUUAUUUGAAGGGUCUGGAGUUGAUUAGUCACUUGCCUAUAACUUAUGAAUUUCAAAAUUGUAAAAAAUAUACAAAUCGU